AUGAACUCCACAAAUGAUUCAACGUGGUCAACAUAUUUUCACUUUCCCAAGGGUAAAACAAAAGAAUAUUCAGACCUACGAAAUUAUACAACAUAUAAAUAUGGACAAAUAACAACUUUCCUACUAAUAAUAUAUAUCCUUGCAAUACCCGUAUAUAAUUAUAUAAAGAUUCAUAAUUAUAGAUCAAAAUUUCAUUACUUAAAGACUUUUUAUUCAAAAUUAAAUUAUUAUAUAAUUCAUGAUUAUCAACCAAAUUGUUCAAAUGCAUCACUCAAGGAAAAAAUAGUGACAAAUUUAGCAAUCACCAUAAAAGCUAUAGCUUUCAAAAUAUUAUUACAUUAUUCAACUAUCAUUCAAUUAACUUUUUGGAUAUUCUUCUUAAGUACUUUAUCAUUAGUUGAUAUUUAUCAUGGAGAUUUAAUAUUUUUAGCUAAAAGAUUGGGAAGAGUUUGUGCAAAUUGUUUACCAACUGUUUUAUUUUUAACUUUAAAACCUUCUCCAUUACCUAAUACUUUAUAUUUAACUUUAAUUCCAAUACAUAAAUGGUUAAGUAGAUUAAUUAUUAUACAAGCAGUGAUUCAUACAAUAAUAUAUUUAUUUUAUUUUAAUUUUACUGAUACUUGGUUUAAAAUGUGGAAAAUGGAAAAUGUAUUUGGUUGGAUUGCAUUAUUAGGAUUUUUAAUAAUUAUUAUCACUUCAUUAUCAAAUUUUAGAGCAAAAUUCUACAGAGUGUUUUAUUUUUUACAUUAUUCUUGUACUUGGAUUAUAGUUGGGACAUUACAAAUUCAUAUUAGACCAGAUCCAUAUACAUUUUAUACAAUAGCUAAUUGUUCAAUUUUAUUUGCUCAAAUAUUAUAUAGAUUACACUUAACAAGAGUUUCUACUAAAUCAGAAGUUAAAGUUAUUGAUGUAUCUCCCAACUUAUCAUUAAUUGAAUUUCCCAACAGCUUAAUUGCUAAACCGGCAAUUGCCCCUGGUGCUCAUAUAAGAAUUACAAACUAUAGUUCAAGUAUUUUUGUUAGGAUUUGGAAACAAUUAAUACCAAAUUAUCAUCCAUAUACAUUAGUUUCAUUACCACAAGAUAGAGAUCAAAAAUUAAUUAUUAGAAAGAGUAAUUUUCAAAUUUAUAAUAAUCAUAGAUACUUAAUCACGGGGAGUUUUGAUCCUCAUUUAUUAUUCAUAAACUACAAACAACCUAAGAAUUCAAACAAUAAGAAAUUUUCAUUAUCUAAAUUACACGUUGAAGCUAAAAGAGUAUUGAUUGUUGUGGGGGGAUCUGCUAUAUCAUUUGCAUUACCCAUAUUAAGAGUCAUGAAUUAUCAUGGAGUACCUACAAAAGUAGUUUGGGUUAUUAAAGAUUUUAGAGAUGUACUAAUAUUAAAAUAUUUUGAUGGAUAUAUUCAUGGUGAUGAUUUUGAAAUUUUCAUAACUGGUAAUGAAACAUUCCAACAAGAUAAACUACAAAGAAAACCGAUUUCAAAUUUAUAUACUUCAAUACCAAAAAAAUCAUCAUUACCAUCAUUACAUUAUGAUUUGGAAAAUGAAACUACACCACUACUCAACCAAUCGAAUGAUCAAAUCACAUCAUUAAACAAAGAAAAUCAAAUUGAAAAUGUGGAUAUAGGUGUAAAUUCAGAUGACGAAAAUGAUGAUAAUUCAGAUUGUACUCAGAAUAAUGAGACUUUUUGUUCAAGACAAACAUAUAAUGAACUAGAUGAUAUAUUAGAUGAUGAUAUAAAUUCAUUAGAUCAUGAAUCUACAACUAAUGAUCAAAACGAAAUAGAUAUUAACGCAAUAGAAGACGGAGAUGAUGAAGAUCAAAAUGAACUACCAAAUCAACCCCAUCAUUCGAGAAAAUCAUCAAUGAACGAACCAUUUAACCCAACAUACGGAACAAACUCAACAGAUCAAAUCAAAUCAUGGAUCCAUCAAUUCAAAGACUUGACAACUAACCUCAAACUAAACAAAAAGAUCUACAAAGGUCGCCCUAAAUUAAAUUAUAGAUAUUAUAAUUGGUGUAUUAACGAAGGAUUCACUCAAUGUUCUGGACCAGUAGAAGAUGAAAAUCAUAAUCUUGUAUGUUGUAGAGAUUUACCAAGAAAUAAAAUUGUUCAAGAAGAUAUAAAUUGUGAAAAGAUUUGGGUUAUUGGUGCUGGUCCAUUGAAAUUAGUUGAGAAUGUUAAAUUAUGGAGCUCGGAGAAUGGAUUAAAGUUUCAUGAAGAAGCUUUUUAUGCUUAA